AUGGCCGUUCCCUUACAGCGACUUGCCGCUCGGCAAGCCUACAGCCCGUCGACUCGCGUAUUGUUCCGAUCUGCUGCAGCUCCGCGUCGCAAUCCUGGCCUCGGCCACCGCUUCGUGCCCCGACAAACCUCGUGCGUCUCCUGCCUGCAACGUUCGUCCUUUUCGUUUCCUUCCGCCUCUCGACAAUACUCGUCACAGAGCUCGUCAAAUCCGACGCCACCUCGACCCAAGAAGGAUCCCUAUCGUGUCGCUUUCUGGCCUUUCGCUAUCCUCAUUGGUAUUGCAACUGGUGCUUGGGUUUUGCUUGUGAAUAAUCGCAAAGACAUGAACGCCCAACUUAAAUCCGCCUCUAAAGGGGCUGACGACGAAACCCCGCGCUUCAACGACUCCGACGUGACCGUCAUCUUCGUCCUAGGCGGUCCUGGCGCCGGCAAGGGUACGCAGUGCGCCCGCCUCGUCGAGAAAUACGGCUUCAUCCACCUCUCGGCUGGUGACCUCCUCCGCGCCGAGCAGAGCCGCCCCGGCAGCGAGUUCGGCGCCCUUAUCGACGACUGCAUUAAGAACGGCGCCAUCGUCCCCAUGGAGGUCACCGUCAAGCUCCUCGAGAACGCCAUGGAGGACGCCAUGCGCCGCGACAACACCACCACCGGCCGCUUCCUCAUCGACGGCUUCCCCCGCAAGAUGGACCAGGCUCACAAGUUCGAGGAUACCGUCUGCCGCGCCCGCGCCGUGCUCUUCUAUGAUUGCCCUGAGGAUGUGAUGCAGACGAGGUUGUUGGAGAGGGGCAAGACGAGCGGUAGGGCUGACGAUAAUGCCGAGAGCAUCAAGAAGAGGUUCAAGACUUUUGUCGAGACGAGCAUGCCCGUCGUUGAUCUCUUCGAGGAGCAGGGUAGGGUUAUCAAGAUCGAUUCUAGCCCUGCGCCUGAUGUUGUCUUCAAGAAUACUUCUGAGAAGCUUGCUGCUACUUUGGGCAAGGACGUUAUUCCUACGUCUGCUUGA